CUAUAGGAAUGUUCGCCGAAGCGUACUGUGACGUCACGAUUCGGGCAUGCGUGUAAACUGGUUGGCAGAACCAAAAAUUGAUAAUGGCGCUUAGUAUGAAGAAGUCUACCGAUAACGAUAUUUUAUCAACAUAUGCGAACUCUUUGUCAGAAGAAGCGAAAAGGAGAUAUACGGUAAAGUUGCUGUACAACCGUGGUACCUGUUCUCUGCCUGAUCCUUACCAUUUAACGGAGAAUUGGAGCCGAAGCCCAGAUACCUGGCCAGAUCUGACGUUCGGUGAUAUUUACCUGUACCUGAUCGACACGCCAUCUUUGUUUACAAAGGAGUCUAUGAAGGCCUACAAAUCAUUAGAUGCUUACAAGUACGUAUUGAGUGGACAUGUGCAGGAAGUGAUCUCUCAUCAGAUUGACGAGAAUUGUCCAUAUAUGACAUUAAAGACCAAAGUAACACCUUCACAGAGAGCCAGAGACAAACCCCACGAACCAUGGGUGUAUUUGGAGAAGGCCAGUGGAUCAGUGUACUGUGCACACUGCACAUGCAUGGCAGGACUUGGAGAAGUUUGCAGUCAUGUGGCAGCGUUGUUGUUUAAAGUGGAGAUGGCAGUGAAGAUGGCUUAACAAAGUCUAGUUCUACCAGCAAGGCCUGUCAGUGGAAUUGCACAUUUCGAAAGGAGGUGACACCAGCCACAAUUACAGAAAUAUACAGCCAAAUAAAGGAAAACGGACAAAGGAAAUUGAUUCUGUCCAAGCACAUGGCUCAGCACCUCUUCCACCACAAAACAUUCUUCAAGAAUUGUACGCCAUCGCACCAAAUGCUGCCUUUUUCACUUCCUUGAGUGGAAUGACAUCAGUGACUGAUCAAGUUGAACCAAAAUAUCCAAAACUAUUAUCUACCUUAAGACAAGAUGACAUUGAAGGCAACAUUCCCGAUUUGUGUGAAGUAUACCAGUCAUACUCAGUGUCUGCCAGCCAAGUCAGCAACUUGGAGAAAGCAACAAGAAAUCAAAGCAUUAGUCCUUUGUGGUACCAGCACCGAAUGGGAAGGAUCACUGCCUCUAAAGCCCAUGACGUUCUUGUGAGGAGAGACUCAACUUCACCAGAUAACUUGGUAAAACGUGUAGCUGGUUACAGCGUGUAUGGCUUGUCCAAGAAUACUGCUGUGAAAUGGGGUAUAGAUACUGAAGAGGAGUGCAGGCAGGCAUUUGCCAGUCAUCAAAAAGGAAACCACCUGAACUUCAAAUGUCAGUUAUCUGGAUUUGUGAUUGAUCCUGCCCACCCCUUCUUAGGAGUUAGUCCAGAUGGCAUGAUAAGCUGUGAUUGUUGUGGGAAAGGUGUUUUAGAGAUUAAGUGCCCUAUAAACACAGAGAUAUUUCAGUUGAGGAGGCAGCACAGAAGGAUGGAGACUUCUGUCUUGACAAGUCGUUACAGUUGAAGACAAGUCACAGAUACUUUACCCAGGUACAGAUGCAGAUGUGUAUCACGAAAUGCCAGUAUUGUGACUUUGUAGUUUUCACCAAGUGCCAACCAUCUGCAAGCAUGGUGAUAGUACGAAUUUUUGGGAUGAGCAGUUCUGCAGAACAUUGCUGGACAAAUGUGAGAGGUUUAUGAAAACCAUGUCCUAAAGGAACUGUUAACAAGGCAGUUGGAGGAACAGCCCACAUCCUCUGUCCAAGGCGCACCUGACAACAACAACAACAACGAGAGAGGACCACUUGGUGCAUAUGCAAGGAGCCUGAGUAUGGUCGAAUGAUUGAGUGUGAAAGUGAAGGAUGUGUGUACCAAUGGUUUCAUUACCCAUGUGUUAACAUUCGACGCAAACCCCGUGGUCAGUGGUUCUGUGCAAGUUGCAAUACAUGACUGCAAAUUGACUAAGAUAUUGUUCUCAAUUGACGUAUAGUUUUCAUGAUUGUUUUCUUCUUUUAUUUGCUUAUUUCCUGUUCUGUAGCAAAUAAAAUGUAUUUUAUUCCUUUUUAUUGACUUCACUCUGAUGCAGUGGUUAUCAUAUGACUGACAUUUGUCAUAUUAAAAAUGGUUGUCAUCCUCAAACAUAUUUCUUAUAUCCAUAUGAAGAACUUUAAAUGUAAAUCAAUAUUUCAAUGGUUUAAUAAGUGGAAUAAAUCACAACUUUAAAUAAAAGGGUUGUAAUGCAACAGAAUUGAUCAUACAGAUGUCUGAAAGUUCAUUUCCAACUUUGAAGUACAAUUCUUCACUCCCAAUGUUUAAAUAAAAAAAGUCAAUGCAGAAGGAAAU